AUGGGGCAGCCAUGGUUGUGCUGCUUCCUGCUUCCAGCCCUUGUGUUGUCUGCGGCAGCCAACACGGCCCCCUCAUUCCUGUCCAACAUGACGGUAGUGACCGUGCCCGAGGACCUACCAGUGGGUGAUGUGGCCUUCUGGAUGGCAGCUGAAGACAUGGACAAGGACACGCUGACCUAUGGGAUUAGUGGCUCCUAUGCCUACUUCUUCAGUGUCACCUCAGCCACUGGGGAAGUAAAGCUAGCCAGUGCUCUGGACUAUGAGACACUCUACUGGUUCGGCAUCACCAUCACCGUGAGCGACAGCCAGAUGCAGGUGCAGAAGGAAAUGCAGGUGAUCAUGGAGGACCGAAAUGACAAUGCACCUGUUUUCCAGAACACUGGAUUCUCCUCCAGCAUCAGUGAGACCCUGCCAGUCGGCUCCCUGGUAUUCUCCGUGCUGGCUGUGGACGAAGACACAGGGUCGGGAGGCGUGGUGGUGUACUCCAUAGAGAAGGUUAUCCCCAGUACCGAGGACAGCGAGCAUCUCUUUGAGAUCCUGGCCAAUGGCUCCAUCAUUCUCAAUGGCAGCCUCAGCUACAACAACAAGAGCGCCUUCUACCAGCUGGAGCUGAAGGCCUGUGACUCAGGUGGCCUGUACCACGACAUAUUCACCGUCCAGUGCUCCCAGUCUGUCUUCCUGUCCAUCUCUGUGGUGGACCAGCCGGACCUGGAUCCCCAGUUUGUCAGGGAGUUUUACUCAGCCUCUGUGGCUGAGGAUGCAGCCCAGGGGACCUCAGUCCUGAAGGUGCAGGCCAUGGACAGUGACAAAGGCAUCAAUGACCCUGUGACUUACAGCAUCUCCAACUCCACGAGGCCUGGCUGGUUUGACAUCGGGUCAGAUGGGGUCAUCAGGGUCAAUGGUUCCCUGGACCGUGAGCAGCUGCUGGAGGAGGAGGAGGAGGUGCAGUUGGAGGUCACGGCCACUGAGACAAACCUCAACAUCUAUGGGCAGGAGGCCAAAGUGAGCAUAUGGAUCACACUGAGGGUGACAGAUGUCAAUGACCACAAACCUGAGUUUUACAACUGCAGCCUCCUGGCCUGCACCUUCACCCCCCAAGAGGCUCAAGUCAACUUCACGGGCUACGUGGAUGAGCACGCCUCCGCCCGCAUCCCUGCUGACGACCUCACCGUAGUGGUGUACGACCCCGACAAGGGCAGCAACGGCACCUUCUUCCUGUCCCUGGGGGGCCCUAAUGCAGAAAACUUCAGCGUUUCCCCUGAGAGGGCAGCGGGCUCAGUGGAUGUGCAGGUGCUGGUGAGGGCGUCGGCGCUCGUGGACUAUGAGGUUCAGCCGGUGAUGCUGGUGCAGGUCGUGGCCACAGACUCAGUCAGCCAGUACUCCUCCAUUGCCACAGUGACUAUCCACCUUAGAGACGUCAAUGACCACAGGCCCACAUUCCCCCAGGCCUUGUAUGUCCUCAGUGUGUUGGAACACAGUGCUACCGGCUCUGUGGUCACCCACAGCAUCCAAGCCACAGACCCAGACACGGGUGAGUGGGGCUGCAUCACCUACAGCCUGCUCCCAGGAGUUGGGGCAAACCUCUUUGAGGUCGAUCCAGUCUCAGGGACAGUGACGGUGAAAAAUGGGGAGCUGCUGGAUCGGGAGACGCAGGCUGAGUACAGCCUGAUGCUGCAGGCCACAGACGGUGGGGGCCUGUCGACCACCACCACGCUGCAGAUCCACCUGCUAGACGUCAACGACAAUGCACCCGUGGUCAGCGGCUCCUACAACAUGUUUGUUGAGGAGGAGAAGGACAAUGUCUCUGUGACCAUUCAGGCUUAUGACAGUGACGAGCCAGGCACCAACAACAGCCAUCUGUUCUUCAGCCUGCAGCCUGGCCCCUACAACCAUAACUUCUCAGUGGACCCCAACAUAGGGCUCCUCAGAAACCUGAGACCCCUAGACCGAGAGGCCAUCGAGCCUGCCCUGGGGGGCCGCAUUGUGCUGACCGUGCUCGUGGCUGACUAUGGUGUGCCUGUCCUUAGCACUGAAGUCAAUGUCACCAUCAAUGUGGAGGACAUCAACGAUAACCUGCCCGUCUUCAACCAGUCCAGCUACAACUUCCAGGUGAAGGAGAGGGAUCCAGGAAUGCUGGUGGGUGUGGUGGUGGCCCAGGAUGCAGACCAGACAGAAGCCAACAACCGCAUCAGCUUUAUCCUGUCAGGAAGUGGUGCCAACAACUUCAUCCUCCGAGGCUCAGUGCUGGGGUCUGGGCGGGCUGAAUGCCUCCUCCAGCUGCCCUCAGACGUGAGCCUGGACUAUGAGGUGCAGGCUUUCUUUGAUCUGACAGUGAGUGCUGAGAACCCAGACCCACAAGGGGGUGAGGCCACAGUAGGAGUCCACGUGGCUGUGGAGGACGUGAACGAUGAGCCACCUACCCUGGACUCAGCCUCGCUCCAGGGUGUCCAUGUGGCUGAGAAUGGCUCACAGCAAGGCCAGGUUGCUGAGGUGAUUGCCUGGGAUGUGGAUACUGAUGCCCAGCUGGAGAUACAGCUUGUGAAUGUCAUCUGUACCAAGGCUGGGGUUGAUGUGGGCAGCCUGUGCUAUGGCUGGUUCUCUGUGGUGGCCAAUGGCUCUGUGUACAUCAAUCAGAGUGAGGCCAUCGACUACGAGGCCUGUGACCUGGUCACGCUGGUCAUGAGGGCCUAUGACCUCAACACGGAUCCCAGCUUCCAUGCCUACAGUGACAAUGGAAGCCUCCCCAUUACCAUUGAGGAUGUGAAUGACAAUGCACCCUAUUUUCUCCCUGAGGAUAAGACUUUUGUGAUCAUCCCAGAAAUUGUGAUACCUGGCCAAAAGGUGGCUUCUGUCCAGGCCAGAGACAAUGACUCAGGGAACAAUGGCGCCAUCCUGUUCUCCAUCCUCCAAGUGGAUUUCAUCUCUAAGGACGGGGCCACGACCCCUUUCCAGGGCUUUUUCCGGAUCUCCACCUCCUCAGAGGCCAAAGUGUUUAUUGGCAACAUUGAGCUGGUGACCAACCUUGAUUCCACUCUACAAGGCACCUAUCAAGUGACAGUCCAGGCCCAGGACAGACCUUCCAUGGGUCCUGCCCAGGAAGCUCAAAUCACCCUGAAUCUCUUCACUGUGGACCAGAGUUACCGCGUUCGGCUGCAGUUCUCCAUGCACAAGGAGGAGGUGGGCGCAGACAUUACAGAAAUUAAAGCGGUUCUCACCCAGGCAACCAGGACUACGGUUUACGUUGUGAACAUUCAGGACAUAGAAUUCAAAGCUCAGACCCGAGCCCAAUCCUACGUCGAUGCCUACUUUGUCUUCUCCAAUGGGUCGGCCCUGACACUUAAUGACCUGAGUGUGAUGAUCCGGAAUGACCAGGAUUCCCUGACAAGGCUGCUGCAGCUGGGGCUGGUGGUGCUGGGCUCCCAGGAGAGCCAGGAGUCAGACCUGCCGAAUACACUCAUCGGCAUCAUCAUAGGAUUGGGAGCGCUUUUGCUGCUGGUCCUUGUGAUCAUGACCAUGGCCAUUGUGUGUAUGCGAAAGAGCUACCACCGGAAGCUUUGGGCUAUGAAGGCUGCCAAGGAGGCCCGGAAGACAGUGGCAGGGGUGGUGGCCUCAGCCCCCGCCAUCCCCGGGACUAACAUGUAUAACACUGAGCGGGCUAACCCCAUGCUGAACCUCUCCACUGAGGACCUGGACUUGGUAUACCUUUCCUCCUCCAGCGACAUGGACCACGCCAGCCUCAACUCCCUAGAUAACAACUGUGUGGACCUGGGCAACAAAUCUAUGGACACUGCCGACAGCAGUGGGGACUAG